GGGGCACCUGACAUCGGAUCCCCUGAAGCCUACCUUCCUUCUGUCGGUGCCUUGUACAUCAUCUCUGAACCCAACCAUGAAUUCCCUGGUAGCUCUCGUGCUCCUGGGUCAGAUUAUAGGAUGCACGCUUAGCCAACACCUUGAGGGGUGGCAAUUCGAUUGCCACGAUGAAGAAGUUGAAAAAUUAGCAAGGGUGGCCGUGAGCUACAUCAACGAGCACUCUAAACACGGAUACAAACAAGUUGUCAAUCAAAUCAAGGAUGCUUAUGCCCUGCCCCAGAGACCCCAUGGGAAGAUCAACCACCUUGAGCUAAAUCUCCUGGAGACGGUGUGUCACGUCUUGGAUCCAACUCCUGCCGAGAAUUGUUCUGUAAGAGCACAGAAUCACCAUGCUGUUGAAGCAGACUGUCAUGUCAAGCUGGUCAGUGAUGAGGGCGUCGACAAAGUCGUUGCUGCAAAAUGCCACUCACAGCCAGAUUCUGUGGAAGACGUGCGGCAACAUUGUCCAAAAUGUCAAAUUCUUUUGUCUCUGAGUGACCCUAAUGUGAUAGAUUCUGCUAACUAUGUGCUCCAUAAACACAAUGACAAACUGACCCACCAUGCUUACGAAAUCCUUGAGAUUUCAAGAGGGCAGCAGAAGUUCGACCCUGAAGGUUACUAUGUGGAGUUUCCUAUUGUGGAGACCAACUGCACUCAUCAGGAAGCUCACGACGACACUCAUCACUGUCAUCCCAAAGCAUUAGGAGAAGCGCAUUUUGGAUUCUGCAGAGCCACUGUGUUUAGAUCGCAUGCUGCCACUGGAGAUCUUACAGAUGAACAGUAUGAGUCGGACUGUGUCAUCUUUAAUGUUAAGGACGGACAUUCUCAUAGCCAUUUGGUGGAGCAUCACUUUAGAAAAAGCAUUGUGUCCCCAGGAUACAACAAUACUGUCCUGGACCUCGUCCAUUCACACAACCAUACAAGCGCCUCACACGAGACUAAUUCUGAUGAAUAUGGGACAGCAAUCCCACCUCAUGCGGGUAAAAGAGAAGUGCCAACAGUGCCAUCGCACGGUCACGCCCUCAUUAAACUAUUUUGUCCAGGAGAAAUACAUCACUUCAAGGUGUAGGUCAGCCAUGCCAGAGAGCUGAAGAAGCCGCCCAGUUAGUACAAAAACCCUGUUUUCAAAUCUGAACUCAAACCUUGCAUCCAAAAAGGGGUUUUUAUCCUGAUUCAUUACAGGCUUGGUGUUGGGAUUCCCGUUGUUGUUGUUGUUGUUGUGAGAAAGAGGCAUUGUAUUUCUGCCUUUCUGCUUUUACAACUGCAGAGGCUCACUGCAAACUUCACAUCUUCCAGUCUCUCUCUGUUCAGCCAAGGAUCUAGAAGAAAGUUGAACAGAAGUUUUAUUAGCCCCAAAGUCAAAAUUCUAAAGAGAAAAUAUAUAACAUUUGACAACAAUAUCUGCUCAUCCUUUCUAUUCCUAAAGAGAUUCCCCAACCCCACAUGUUUCACCAUGCUACAUUAUUUUACAAGGGCAAUGUUGAACCAAGUCCGAUAUAGUGACAGCAAAAGGCACAGGAUACUUCCUAAAUAAAAUGUUCAAUUCCAAAAUGA